CGCCUUCCAGUGGAUUGGCACCGGCGGUCUCUUCCUUCUGCCGCGACUGGGCCCGAACAUUGUACCGCACAUGCCAGCUGCAGCGCUGGCAUUUGGAUGCAACCAGCUGUUUACUCUGGCGUGCGAGGUGGAUCGCGUCUACACGGCAGAGGCAGCAGCGCAACUGGCCCGCCCUGAAGAUGAACGGGGGGACUGUGCGCUGCUGCAGCCUGCUGCUGACCGCGCCCGCGACGCUGCCUACUACAGCACGAAGUACACUGGCAAGAGCAUCAACGAUAGCCAGGCGCAGCUGACGUGCAACGCUCUUACCCGAGUGCAGGAUUUCCUGCUAGCUGGAAGGACACCGAAUCCGGGCGCCAGUGGGCCCACCGCGUUUGGCAACAUGUGUGCCACCGUGCAUCGCAUGACCGCUUCCAUUACGGCUGGUAUGGCGCUUGUCGCCAUGAAGCUGGACGGUCAUUCCACCUUCGAGGCGACGUUCGAGUGCGCUUACCUGCAGGUAGACGCGUUCACGGCGCUAUCUGCGAGCGCCGAGCAAUCUCCUGAGGCGGCGACCACAGCGGCGGUACUGGUGGAGGCUGAGGAGCAGGAGGGCUACACGGUGACCAACGCCGUGCAGAGCUACAUGCUGCGGGGGGAAGAACUCAGCGGCCUGGACUGCAGCGCGUACAACCUAGCCUCCAACUAUGAGGUCCGACGUGUGCCGCCAGCUCAGCACCCGCACCGAGAGCGAUUGGGUCUACAGAUCCCGGUGGCAGUUCGACGCCGCAAGCGCACUACCCCAGCCACACCCAUAACCGCCCCUGUGCCUGCCCCUGUGCCUCUGCUGACUGCAGCCCCGGCCCCUCCUCCUGAGCCACCUGCUCCUACAGCUGCAGCAACACUCGACCAGCCAACGUCUCAGACAGCCACGGAGCUGCCCCGCCUGGUGGCCUUCCACGGCACGCAUCCGCUCUACAAAACACAUGUCCACGUCCGCCUGCCGCGGCCACGCUACGUACAGCUUGGAGGUUCUCUUCCCCGCCGGCCCCGUCCUGGCACCUCUGCUGCGGGCAUGGCACAGUACUACGCGUUUGUCCUGGGUACUUUCAAAGCUCACCGGGGUCAGCCCAUCCCCCCCGGGCUGAGUGUAAAGGAAGCCUACGACACCUGGUGGGCAGAGCUGGGCACUACCGAGGCAGGUCGCUCUUACCAGGCGUAUGUAUCGGUACUGCUGGACAACAUCGAAGAGGACCACGCUGGGAAAGCCCGCCGUCAGGCGGAGUACAACCAGCGGCGCCGCCAGCAGCGUGCAGCAGCGGCAGCAGCCGCGUUGCCUGAAGGUGACAGCACGAGCACUUCGGAUGGAGAUGCCGAUGACGGCGUCCGCGGGCAUCUCAGGCCUGAUCCUGAAACACAGCCGCCCGCCGAGGACCAGCUGGAGCACUUCGUGUACAUCCCAGGUCAGGCGUAUCCGACGGCUGGCACCGACCUCGCCGCCGUCGCUCUUACGGACCUGUUUGACUGCACCAACGCUGCUGGCGCAUAUGCCUAUGAUGCAGCACGGCGCUGCCGAGCCCCGACCCUAGUGGACGGCCAUGGUGCACGCAGCGAUCGUUUCAGCCGUCGGAUCACGCCAGCGGACCUGCCCCUCCUGACUGAAGCGACCAAGCGUCUGAAGCGGUAUCUCGUUGCAGCAGCAGCCGGCACUGUUGAGGCAGAUGGGGGCGCCCACACGGGACUGACAGCCACACCUGAGAUGGACACCCCUCAUGUCGAGCUGCACCGCCCCACCAGCGGACCCCUGGUCGCCAUUGUGCGCAUGCCUGGCACUCCUGAGCGGACUGAACAGGCUCGCAUGCCCAUCUAUGUGCACCUCCCCCAGCCGCCCAGCAUCGACGACACCAUCGAGCUGUUCACGCUUGCCCCCCACCAGGCCGUGCCCUUCAUGCUCAUGGCUCGGUACUUCGAUCACCGUGAUGAGCCCAACCCUGGCGACCCGCCGCAGAUGCUUGUGGAGGGCAAGCCCGGUACCGGAAAGAGCCAGUUCGUACAAGCGCUCCUGUGGUACACCUGGUAUAAUUACCCUUAA